GCGGUGCAGAAUCUGUCGUGUCACUUCAUCAAAGAAGCGUGGCGGCUGACGUAAUGGAAGGACGCAGCAGAAUUUCGUGACCUAUAAAUACCGGCCGUAGUGAGUAGUGAAAGCAGGAGUCGGAUUCCGCACAGUCGCGUUAAGGACUGUCUGUAUUACGUUUCGGUCCGACCGGUUCUACACCUCGUCGAUCUGGACUCUGCCUCUCUCCAGUUAAAGAAGACAUCGACUGGGGAAUCGGAAGCUAACAACGUUACACCCUAUAAGAGGACCCAGUGCUGCCGUUUCAAGACGAGAUGAGUUCGUCCCUGGCGUUUGCGUUGUUGCUGUUGGCGGCAGUGGGCGGCUGCUGGUCGGCGGACAUCUUGUUCGUCGCGCCGACGCCAUCCGUCAGCCACGCGCUGCCCAUCAACGCCGUGAUCCGCGCUCUGCUGGCCAGGGGGCACCGCGUCACACACAUCACGCCGGACCCCAUGCAGACCGAGAAUAAGAAUUACACACUGGUAGACUUAUCAUCAAUUUAUUGGGUUCUGAGCAACCAGAACAAAUCUGUCUGGGCAGAUACUUGGCCUAUGAAAUUGGCCGAGGCAUACCACGAACUGGGCAUCGGGUGCUGCGUCAAUGAAAUGAAGCAUCCUGCACUACAAGACUGGCUAAAGUCGGAACGCCGGUUUGAUUUGGUGAUCAUGGAACGACUGCCGUAUCAGUGUUAUUACGGUGUGGUCCAUAAAGUUGGUUCACCUCCGUUGGUCGGGUUUCUAACGCUGCCCGCCAUGCUACCGGCUUACUACGCCAUAGGGAACCCAAUAAACCCAGCUUACCUACCAGACGUCUUCAUCGGUUACAGCGACCACAUGAAUUUCUGGCAAAGGCUGUACAACACUUACUUCACCUUGAGGUUCCUCGAUUAUUGGCAGAGAACUGUAUUGCCUGCUCACGAGGCCAUCAUGAGGGAACAUUUUGGCCCGGAACCACCUUCCGUUUACGAAGUGGAACGCAACUUCAGUAUGCUGAUUGUAGCUGCCCAUUUCAGCGGGCACUAUCCGAGGCCAAAUGUACCGAACGUGAUUGAAGUCACGGGACUACACGUAGAAGAUAAAGUGAAGCCUCUACCGAAGGAUAUCCAGAAGUUUCUGGACGAAGCUGAGCACGGAGUCAUCUACUUCAACCUGGGCUCGAACGUCAGGAGCAGCGAGCUACCGGAACACAGGAGGCAGGCGUUCGUGGACGCCUUCAGAGAGAUACCACAGAGGGUUGUCUGGAAGUGGGAAGACGACAACAUCCCUGACAUCCCAGACAACGUACUCGUGAGGAAGUGGCUCCCACAGCAGGGCAUUCUGGCCCACCCGAAAGUAAAGCUGUUCAUCAUGCAAGGCGGACUGCAGAGCCUGAACGAAGCAGCUUACCGGGCUGUGCCCCUGAUUGUCACUCCGUACUUCUCUGACCAGACGCACAACUGUGCGAAGAUAAACUCAGCAGGCAUCGGCAUCCGUAUCUAUUUGAAGGAUAUCAGCAAGGAGACUGUGCUCGACGCCAUCAACAAAAUUAUACAUGAUCACAGUUACAAGGAGAGGAUGGCGCAGUAUUCUCGGCUGUUCCGCGAGCACCGCGAGCAGUCUGUGGAGACGGCGGUGUGGUGGCUGGAGUACGUGAUCCGCCACAGGGGAGCGCCGCACCUGCGCAGCGCCGCCCUGGACCUCCCUUGGUGGCAGCUGCUGCUGCUCGACGUCAUCGCCUUCGUGCUGGCCGCAGCCGCCGCCGCCGUCACCGCCCUCUGGUUCGUGGCCAAGAGGCUGCUGGCCGCCUUCACAGAGCGGACUCACAAGCUCAAGACCCACUGAGCCACGCCUACCAGCGACAACGUGCCGCGGCUUCAUCUCCCGAGUUUCGACAAAAAUACGAGGUUAUUCGUAAUUGUCUCAAGUGGACUGCUUGAAAACUAGGAAACCUGCACGAAACAGACACAGUGGUUAUCGCGUCUCUACAAAUUUUAGACCCACAUUGAGUAUUAAUAUGGGCACAACACUCGCAUGCAGUUAAUUGACACAAACACCCUGAGGUAACGCGGCGUCAGCAGGCUUUGGAAAUCUGUUGGCUAUUCCAUGCAAAAAUAUCGAGCAGACGAUUGGCCUACUCGUUCUUGCUGUGACACGCUUGCCCCUAGUGCGACGCUCUGAUAGCUGCUAUUUGAUAUUUUUUCGGUUCCAUAAUUCACUUACAGGAUAACUUUCUUGUCCGCAUACCUGUCUGUCUCACUGUGAAACUGUUAACAGCUCUUUUUCUCAAGAAAGGGUAAAGUUGAAAUAUAAGUGAAGUGCCUAGAUCUGUGGUCCCUUGACGAUGCAAGGAAUUUAAGCUUCUAAGUCACUGUAGUCAGAAGAUGUAGCCAUCUAUGUCACACAUAUUCAUACUCCCAAACGUACUCAUCAAUACUUCCUGUUGACAUAGAAUCAUGAAAUUUCACAAAAAGUAAGGUUUCCUAGUAAAUGUAAAGCAAAUAUCCAAAAAUUAAUUUGCAGUAGCAUAACCGUUAUUUUUUUCUUCCCGUCUAAGAGACGGAACGGGUAGACAUACCAAGUUGAAAUUUAUGUCAAAUUCUAGAGUCUACGGUCGUUUGGCGGUGUAAAUAAUCUGAGCUUCUACGUCAACGCAGUCAAAAGACGGCCAUAUUCGCUAUAUAUUAUCAUACACGCAAACUCUCUAUUCAAAGCUAUGGAUGAACUGUUUACACAGACCUGGUGGUCUAUGGGUGAAAUGCGAGCCUGGAACUCGACAGGGCAAAAUCUCGGUCGGGCCAUGGACUUUUCAGUCUUCUUUUUGACCUAGCUUUCCGAUGAGUCGCCGCAAGCAACACGUGGCUUGGAUUCCACGUUAAACUGUAGGCCCCCUAUCAUCGGUCGGCUAACUUGGCUAGGCGUUACAGACACGUAACUUGCCGAGGUGGCGUUCAAUAGAAAGACUUGCACCAAGCCAUUGAGUCACAUGAUAUUGUUAUUUUUAUCUAUAAACGUAACUAAGUUUGUAGUUAUUAUUAUCCAUAAACAUAAUUAAGUUUCUACGGAACCAUCAGGGCACGGGUACUGUUCUCUGUGUCUUGUAGUUCUUGGGAAGUCGUCUUCUGAACAACCAGAGGUACAUUUAAUAACACAGUAGGGCAUGACCAACCGAAACAUAUUCUCAUAUGUCGACUGCAUUUUCUCGAAAAAGUUAUUACCAUUGUGAUCUCUAGUCCUCAAUAACUUGGAAGAAAAUAACGGUACUUGGAAGUACUUUUGUUUAGUUAAUUUACAGUGUGUUGUGCAAGCUACUAUCAUGAUAAACUCGCAGCCUCUGAUGUGAACACAGUUCAAUAAAAUUAGACAUUGUGGCCAAAUUGGCCGUAUAUCAACGUGCGGGCCAAGACAUCUGUUCUGUUAACCGCAAAUAUUUGCCCGUCUCGAUUUUCCUAUAUUGCGAGGAAUAUUACAUAAAACAAAGUUAAUCUUCACAUCUCAUUAAUGGACAGCGCCGUGCUGAUAAACAAGACGCUUAAUGUGGACGCUGUUAAAAUUCACAUGAGUUGCUACAUAAUUUCGAUACCUUUGACGGAUGCCUUAAGGAUGUGAGUUUUAUGGCUUUGGGUACACCACUGCCUCUGAAUUCUUCAACUGCCCUGUCCCCCCAAAGUCCCCUUAUCUCUCACCACUCUCUGACUCCCUAACCUCUUCCCCUCUAUCUCUUUCUCUUUUCGCCCCCCCCCCCCACUCACCCACUCUUACAUAUAUACAUUUAAAGACAAAAGACAUUGACAGAAAUGGCACAGUAGCUACUACCCUGCAAAAGCUCUGUGAAUGACCAGUUUAACAACCCAUAUAUAUUCACUCAUAUUUAGGACUUCUGUGUAUUCCCUAAAUCGCAUUAGGUGAUUCUUAGAACGUUUCCCUAGUACGUCUAAUUAUUCCCCUCUUACUUGAACGUAAUUCCUGCUUUGUCCAGUGUCUUUAGUACUUCCACCGUCUAUAGGACGUUACAGUAGCAACAGCUGUGCAGCUGUUUCCUUACUGAUCCGGUGAAGGUAUGUAAGUAAAGUCACAGGACAAAAAGAUAAGGGGAUUUAAGAUACAUUUUUGUUUUAACACAUCUAUAUCUUUUGGUAGAUAUAAAGGUAGUGUUACACAUCUGUAGUUCAUUACGCGUGAUUUCGCAUACAAUUGAAGUCCCAUGUUACCUUCAUAUAGCAAUACUACAACUGUAUAAAGUAUAUAAAGUAGAACAACAACUACCUUUUAAGGACUUAUUGUGUCAUAUAUCACUAUGAUAUUUGUAACUUAUUUUUCAGUUCCGUAUACUUGUUAGUCAACUCAGUCAAAUUUAGUUUACAAAAAAUGGGAUAUCUGUAGCACUAUCACUAAUCCUAAAUGUUAUGUAAUCGUAAUUGUUAUGCAAAGACUGUGAUAUUAUUCGACUGUGAUGCCAU